GGUGAUACCAGCACCAAGUGUUGAGGCUCUCGGUUGCCAGUCGUCGCUGAAGUGAAGCGGCCAACACCCGCACAGUUCAUCAGUUCCAAAGUUAACUAUUGCGUUUAGUGCUUUCUGGAUGGGGAAGUUUGCCGCAAAUCACAACAGGUCCCAGGAAACCGAUGGCACGAUGACGCUCAGGGUUCUGGUUCCCCCGGAGGCUGGAGAGAACAACGGUCAGACGGAGCACUUACAGGGACCUUACGCUGAGGAAGGUCAAUGCACUGACGGCGUGGCUAAGCUAGACCAUGAGGCGACAAGGACUGAGAAGGCGACCAGAUGUGUUGCUGGUGGGGAGCUGGAGGUGCCUGAUGGAGGGUGGGGCUGGGUGGUGGCCUUCGCGAGUGCAGUCAUCAUGCUACUCAUUCCUGUGAUGGGUCCCUGCUUCGGCAUUCUCUUCUCCAAGUACCUCCUGCUAGAGGGCACCUCCUCUACCAUGACCUCCUGGAUCUUUGCAGUCCAGACACUUUUAUGGAAUGUCAGUUUUCUGUUCACGAAAGCUCUCUCCGAGGAGUUCGGCUGGCAAGCAGUAGGGAUCGGAGGCAGUUUCUUGGCUUGUCUUGGUUUCACCAUGACGUCUUUCACGCCCACACCUGAGUUCCUCUUCUUCUCUUUCUCAGUCGUAUGUGGAAUCGGAGGCGGGAUUGUGACAAGCUUGAGCUUUGUUGUGGUACCCAACUACUUCACGCGGCGGCGCGGGGCGGCCAACGCCAUCAUGACCUGCGGUGCGGGGCUCGGACAAAUCAUCGUGCCGCCACUCAUCGUAUUUCUUCAAGAAAAUUUUGGUGAGCGCGGCGCGACUCUGAUCUUCAGCGGCAUCAUGCUGCACGCCUGCGUCGCUGCCGCCACCUUCCACCCCGUCAAGUGGCACAUGAAAUUAAGACAAGUCCAGACCACUCCAGAAGGCAAAAAAGAAGCAGCACCUCCGAUAAGUCCGCCGACCAACAGUACACCUGCCAAGUCCUCCCAACCAACCAUUUUCGUGAGAGUUGCCAAGUCAGUCGUGUCUGACCUUAGUAUUCUUCGCUCCAGGCGUGCGUGCAUCAUCUGCCUGUCGAGUUCACUGAUCAUCAUCAACGGCCUCAACUUCCUGAUGAUGUUGCCCUUCGCCUUUCAGGACACAGGCCUCUCCAUCAAUGAUUCGGCGUGGUGCAUGUCUGCGAUGGCCGUGUCCAGCCUUGUAACUCGCUUCCUUUGCUCUUUACUCUCUGACUUUUCCUUCUUCAGCGUGCGGGCGUGCUACGUGUUCGGGUGUGCCAUCAUGGGCAUCACAGCAGGAGUCUUCCCGCUGCUGAGGUCAAUGGAGUGGCUGAUGGUGAAUAUGGUGGUGCACGGGAUCGGUCUUGGCGCCAACAUGGGCACAUACACACUCAUGCUGAUCGAUGUGAUGGGGCUGCACGGUCUGGCGCCUCUCCUCGGCACCAGCGCCUUCUGCAAUGGCAUUUGUUUGUUCAUCAUCGGGCCUCUGAUUGGAAUUAUUCGGGACGCCUCUCAGAGUUACGCCGUCAGCAUCUGGGUGUUGUCGAGCCUGGGGAUGGGCGGCACCCUCCUGUGGGCGCUGAUGGGGCGGGCGAUGGCGUAUGACAAGCAGAGACGGGAAGAAGGACAUCUAGAUCUGUGCGCUGGUUGUUGCUGUGCAUGCCUCCCUGCCUGCCGGAGUCACAGGAGACGGAACAGUAACCGCACAGGUGGGAAGGGGGCGGGGCGAGCACUGGUCGGCAUGGCAGCUAGCGGGGCGGGGAGAAAGGCCGGGCAGGGCAAGGGUGCCGCAGAGUGCCAGGAGCGUCGCGCACAAAGAGAGAAGUGCCAGGAUAUAAAUGCCAAUGAAAGACAGUGGCGUGAUGGUGACACAGGCCGUGGUUGCAGUGGUGAUGACGACAGCGCUGCAGGAGGAAGUGAGAAGCCCCCACAGAGCCCAGGAUGCCGCGGGAACACACACGGCAUGCUAUUCACUCAGGAUGAGGGUGUGCAGUACAAGCUGGUGCCGCCUGAAGGGGGCUGGGGAUGGAUGGUGGUGCUUGGGACCUUCAUUAUCGUGACGCUCCUGCCCUCACUGGGUCCCUCCUUCGGCGUGCUCUUCUCCGAGUACCUGCUUGGCUCCGGCUCCUCCUCCACCAACACUGCCUGGAUCUUCAACCUGCAAUGCUUCCUGUGGUUCAUCAGCGGCAUCUUGACGCGGCCCCUCACGCAGGAGCUGGGGUGGCGUCCCGUGGGGCUGAUCGGCUCCGUGAUGGCCAGCGUGGGGAUCAUGCUCAGCGCCGUCACACCCAACCCAAACUUUCUCUUUUUCUCAUUUUCCGUUUUGACUGGGAUCGGCGGCGGCUUGGUGACCUGCCAGUGCUUCACCAUUCUACCUCACUACUUCCAACGGCUGCGCGGCCUCACCAACGCCAUCAUGAUGAGCGGCAUCUGCCUGGGACAGUUCCUGGCGCCGCCUGUCUCCCGCUUCCUGCAAGAUAAUUUCGGUUUCAGAGGUGCCACGCUCAUCCUGGGAGCCAUUAUGCUCAAUGCCACUGUCGGCGCCUCCCUCUUCCAGCCCUUCGAACGGCACCAGAAGAUGGUCAUAGUGGAGGAGCCAGAGGAAUACGUGCCGGCCAUUCCUGUCAAGGCCAAGGCUACGGACUCGCCUCACCUGGGCCUCGGCGUUGUGCACUCCGCCUCAAAGUCCUCCUUCGCCAGCAGCACAGUGUCACACUCCAUGGAGGCGGAAUGUGACAUUACCCACGAGACAAGACAGAGGCUGCUGGGGCGCCUCGAGGGCUGGAAAAUGAGCGACCCUUCCUCCAGGCGGUCCUCGAAGUACAACUCAACCCUCAGCCUCUCCUCCAUUGACGCGGGGAGCCUCGCCGCCUUACCCCUGGACGACGAGGAGGACAAGGCCGACGCCGAGGCGCACAAGGAGAGAGGCGACACUCUUCCCGUGAGGGUCGUCAAGUCUACCAUGAAGGACCUCGCGGUGCUCAAGUCCCUGCGCGCAUGCAUCUUCUGCUUCGGCGGAGUGUUGAGCAUCAACGGUUUCCUCAACUUCAUCAUGAUGGUGCCCUUCGCCAUGCUGGACGUGGGCUUCUCUAAGGACACUUCGGCGUGGUGCCUCUCCGUGUCCGCUGGGUGCAAUCUGGUGACGCGCUUCAUGGUGUCCACGCUGUCAGACUUCCAGUGGUUCAAAAAGAGGCUCGCCUACCGGUCUGGCUUCGUGCUCAUCAGCGUCUCCAUCAUUGCCUUCUCGUUCUCCACCACGUCUGAGCAACUAUUGGCAUGCAUGGCGACCUACGGCGUGGGCGUGGGAGCGUGCAUGGGCAUCUACAACAUCGUUAUCAUCGACGUGAUGGGCGUAGACCUGCUGGCCACGGUCUUCGGCGCCUCUUCCUUCUGUACCGCCAUCGGGUUCAUCUGCAUCGGUCCUCUUAUUGGCUUAAUUAGGGACGUGACUCAGAGCUACGCAGUCAGCAUGCGAAUCACGGCUGGGAUGCUGUUGCUGUCUCUGCUGGCGUGGAUGUUUAUGGAUCUGGCGGAGAGGGUCGACCGACGCAGGGAGGCCGCCAAGGCAGUGGAGGAGAAGCUGUAAAGAAGCUUGGGGGGAAUUGACAGGAACGAGAAACGACACCAAAUAUCUGAUUCUGUCUUUCAUGUGUGUGAAAAGCGUCUUGUUCUGAGGGAGCUUCGUGUUAUUUUGUGUCUUAUUAUCGUGAUUGAUAUUAUGAUUGUUACUGUUGCAUUCCUAUCAAUCGCUCCCUCAGUACGAACAUGGUCAGUCUAAUUGUUUAUCCUACUAAACGUUUUCAUCGCA